UGCGUGUUGCAUUCUCACAAGUGGGAAGAAGAACAGAACGAAGUGUGAGCUUCUGGGAACAGAGACAUCAUGAGUCUACAGUGGACGGCUGUCGCAACCUUUCUGUAUGUGGAAGUGUUUUUAGUGUUGCUGCUGUGCAUUCCCUUCAUUUCCCCCACAAGAUGGCAGAAAAUCUUCAAAUCUCGCCUGGUCCAAUUGUUAGUGUCAUAUGGGAACACGUUCUUCCUCGUCCUGAUAGUGAUUCUGGUGCUGUUAUUACUAGAUGCACUUCGGGAAAUCCAGAAAUAUGGAGUCGGGGAGCAGGUGGAUCUUAAGAAUAACCCAGUGGCCGUCGAGCACAUUCACAUGAAACUCUUCCGAGCUCAACGCAAUCUGUAUAUCGCCGGCUUCUCCCUGCUCCUCUCAAUCCUCCUGAGGCGCUUGGUUAUGCUCAUCUCCAAACAGGCUACUCUCUUGGCAUCUAACGAGGCCUUCAGGAAGCAGGCAGAGAGUGCCAGUGAUGCAGCCAAAAAGUACAUGGAGGAAAAUGACAAGCUAAAGAAGGAACUGAAAUCUUUGGGAGUAGAAGUGAGUGACCUGCCCGACACCAAUGUUGAGGAGGAUAACAAGAAGCUUAAAGGAGAAGUGCGCAAGCUUAAGGAGGAGCUGAAAUCCGCUAAGAAAACCCUGCACAAGUCCGAGAGUGAGGUCGUCGCUAUCAAGAAGCAGUGUGAGGGUUUAACCAAGGAGUAUGACCGGCUUCUGGAUGAGCAUUCUAAGCUUCAGGCGCAGGCAGAUGGACCAAAGGACAAGAAGGACGACUGAGUCAGCCAUGGAUCCUCCCAAAGCAUCCCCAUCAGCGCCUGCCUGUUGUUUUCAUGGAGUGGUUCCUGUGGCGUGCAUAGCGGUGGCAAAAAACACAUUUUUUUUUUUUAAGAUGGGCUUUUGGCACCAGUAAUUUUUUAUACAUCUAUUAUUUCCAGCACUCUGGUCUUCUCUUCUAUCCUCUCUCUAAUGCUAUCGGUCUGCUUACAUAUCAUAGACUGUAAUCCAGAGCCCCCAGCCAAGUCACUGCCAUCCCAUAAAACAUGCUAGGGCCGGUUUGUGUUUCUUGUACAGUCCCUCCUGUCUCCCAGGAAAAAGUUUGGUUAGUUCACGCUGAAGAGGGGCGAUACAUUAUUUUUUCAGAGUUGCAGCUACAGAAAUGUGAUCUGAGUGCAAUUAGUGUUCUUGCUUUGCAUGUCCAGCCCCGCAGCAGCAAGGGAGUCAAUAAACCUGGGUUAAACAAAGUCUAUUUCUGUUUUUUUUUUUGUUUUUUUUUAUAUCGUAAGGUUUUUUCCCCCUUUUUGCAGCAGCAAAAAAGGGGUGGAUUUGGGCCAAAAAAUGCACAGCUGUCAAUUUCUUUAGCCAAAAUCUCCAUAUCCACCUCUCCGCAGUAAUGGCAUGUGUGAGAUUACACUUAAGCUAUUUCCAUUGGCUGACACCGUAAGUGCGAGGUACCAUUGUAGGAAAUUGUGUCCAAUUGGUGCAUGUGACAUAAAACCAGAGAAGGAAGCAGGUGGUAGUAGCAUAGGAGCGGGAAAUAAAGCAGAUGACUUACCAUAGACAAGAUAAUACUAAUAACACUGAAAAGUUGAGUUGACCAGCUGCUAUAAAUGACAAAAAGGCAAUAUUUGUACACACAGAAAAAUUGCUAGCGCACAGUUUGCCUUUAAAAAUAAUUAUUACAAAAAAUCAGGUGUACCACACUUUGGCCAAAAUAUGUAAGCUCACGUGCCAAGUCAAGGCCCCUCAUUGUACGUGAGUCCUACACUAUAUUUGGCUUGACAAAGGGCCCAGCAGAGGCCCGAAACGUUCCCGCUUUGUUUUGUGAGCUGAAUAAAACACGAUCACUGAAUCAACCA